UUACUGUUCCUCUUCCCUUUGGUGGCCAGUGAUGGAUGGGGAAACCGAUGUCGGGAAUCCUCUGGAAACCUCCGCAAUCACCGGAAAUGAUGAGGAAUGAUGAGGAAUGAUGACAGCCGUAUGGAAGCAUUCCAGGCACCAGGAGGAGCCUGCCUGUCUGGACAGCACUUCCAGCCACCCUCGCUCCCUCUCUUGGCCUCGUGUUCCAACUUCCAUCUGUGACGUGUGCUGACCUGUCCCCCCUCCAAUCAGCACUAAUGGCCAAACUGAUGACCUGUAAUGGCCUGUCUGACAGCUAGAAGCAUUCAUCACCUUGGGUCAGAAGAGACCACUGCUCUGGUGGAUAAGCAGGCCUUGGACAAGGACCAAGUCACCAAACGUCUUUAGUUAAUAGGUAGUACUGUGAGUGUUCAUUCAGUUUUCCACUAUUUGCUGGUGAACUGGUAACUUGCUAACUGAAUUAUGGGUUUGGUUGUUUUCAUGCUCAGCAUUUUUUUCCAAAAGACAAAGGAACUAAUGACAUGGAGUCAAGCAGAGGAGAUGCAAACUUACAAAACAUGAUAAGAUAUUAAGUAUAAGAUAUUUUGUUAAAGAAUAUUACGUGAGUGCCUCCCGAGUGGUGCAGCGGUCUAAGGCACUAAGGGUUCAAUCCGCGACCGAGAGUCCCAUGAGGCGGCCUUUCAGGUAAAAUGUGUAUGAUUUGUGUGAUGUCUGCAACUCAACAUUAAUAUAUUCUCUGAACUGCCUAAGUGUUCUAUUGUCAUGAACCUUCAGGUAACAUUUGAUAUAGAUGUCUUGUCUAUACAUCCCAGUCACAUGGCAAGGAUGUCCUCUGGUUUUAGACUUACAGUAUUAUAUUACAGUACAUAAGACACAGGGGUUGGAGGUCGUUCUAAUACCACACUGGUUGCAGUUCAAGCAGUUCAUUAGGCUGCUGUUGCUUGUGGAUGUGUAAAGUGAAUCAUCAACAUUUGAAUGAUAUGACACAACUUCUAACCAAGUCAUUUCAAACCUUUUCUACGUUUCCAUUGCCAACUGAAAAGAAUACAUGUUCCUUGCUGUUAAACAGUGUCCAUCUAGCUCCCCAUCUUUAUAAAUGACAACUUUGAAGAAUAAAAGGCCCCAAAAAAUACACAUAAUGUUUAUUCUGUGCGUCAUUGUGUACCAUAGCUCCUCCUCUGCUUAUAUAAACAACCAGGAAAUGCCUUUACUUUCUUUUCAAUUUCACUAGGCGUGGAGGUAGAUGUGUCAUCUCAGAACUGAACAUGUUUUUGUUUGAAGUGGUUUUUUUGGUUGCUGUUUUGAAAGUCUAUCCAACCUACGCUGUCGAGAAUCAAGCAUGUACUUCGGUGGAAAUUGAUUGUGGAAAAUUGAAGACCAGUGAUGGUAGAUACGUGUAUCUAUACAACAUUUCAGGUGUAUCUGACAUUGCAGUGUACAACAAUGCAGGGACUGCCAUUGCCAACAGUGGAGGGGACAAGCCAAUGGAAUUUGAUAAGAAUGAGGUGGUAACGAUGAACAACAGUUCAAUCACCCUCUAUAAAUGCCAACAUCUGACAAUGAACAUAAUUUACAUUGAUUCUACACAGCAGAAGACUGGAACUGAGUCUAAUGGUAAAGAUCCCUCAGUUAAGGAGAGAUGUUCCCAUUACAUUGUCACAGAGAUGAGGAAUGAGGUUGUGACAACUGCAUCUUUGAAUUCAACCAUCAUCCCAGAUGGAGACCAUCCUGAUAGAAACCAUGGUGACACUAGUUUGAUCUGGAAAAUCAUUGUUGGUGUUGUUGCUCUCGGGCUGGUCAUUGCUGGUCUGCUCUUAGUGGUUUUUUGUGUGCGCAAACCUUGGAGAGACAAACAGUGCAACCAAGGCCACAGAGAUGUGGAAGCGGGUCAGGGCAUUCCAGAACCAAACUCCAUUCCUCUGAUGCAGAAUGAGCAACGUGAUGCCAGAGACAUCAGAAAGCUUGAUGACGGUGAGACUGUUGAAGCUGUGGUUGUUCUCAGUGACCAAGGAGGUGAGCCAGGAGAGGAGAGCAGGCAGCCCAUGGACAAUGAAGAGACAGGCGCUGACAACCCUCUGCUGAAUGGAGAUGCCAGCGACCAAGGAGAGAAAAGAGUUCUAGGAAUGGAGGAUGGAAAGCCGUCAGACAAUGACAGAGCAGACACUGAAAUCUGUCAGAAGACACAUGCUGAUUCCCCUCCACUGAAUGUACCCAAGCUUGUCAGGGUUAACAGCCAGACUGAUGACCCACAGCUUCUUGGUCAACCUCAGAGCAAUGGACACGUGCCAUAUAGAAGGGAAUCACACCUGACCAAUGGGGAUCCAGGUCAGGGUGCUGGUGAGACUUCACCCCUCCUCUGCAGCCCAGGAGAGGAAGGCGUGCUAGAAGGGCAGGACAGGAAGUCAGCAGACAGUGGGGGAACAGACCCUGAAUCCUGUCAGAAGACACAUGCUGAACCCCCUCUAGUGAAUGGACACCAUGAUGUCAGGGUUAACGAUGAGACUAAGGAACCGACUCCUGGUGCACCCAGUCCAGGACCUCUUCCCAUGUCUAACAGAGCUGCAGAGGAGACCACUGCUCUAUUGGACAAACAGACCUUGGACAAGGACCAAGUCACCAAACCUCCUGAGUUAAUAGACAAAGGACCUAAUGACAUGGAGUCAAGAAGAGGAGAACUGUAACAAACGGUGGACGUUUGUAUAACAAAAGAAAACCUAAUAAGAUAUUAUAAGACACAGUAAUACUGUAUAUAAUAUACAUAUUAUAAGAUACACAUUUGUGACUUGCUUCAUCAUAAUCAGUCAUGUCAACCCCAAGGCACAUUCUGAAAAGUGUCUUUUUCUGAUUUUCUAUAAUCUAAACAGUUUAUUAAGUUAAUUCUCUAUGCGACAGCUGUAACCUGGAUAAGUUAGGAAAUGUGUUCUAGUGAUAUCAGUUGAAAUUCCAAAACGGACCAAGACUUUUAGAUAAUAAUAAUUUAGAUAAGUUACCUACACGUUUAAUUACUAUUAUCUGAAAAUGAGUGUGCGGCAUAUGACUGAUUAUGAUACAACAAGUCACAUUUUAGCUAUACAACAUUAUAUAUCAAAUUCUAUGAAAGUAUGAUAAGAUCAUACACUAGUAUUGUAUACUAUACAUACAAGCAAUUAUAUAUAUAUAUAUAUAUAUAUAUAUAUAUAUAACAUACACCUGAAAAGAUGCUUAAAA